GAACUGUGUUUUCCAUUUUUCUGGGCUGUGGUGGAAGAUUAAAGCAGGUGACACAACUGUGUGUGUGAGAGAGAAAGAAGAGGAAUGGUUAUGGCGGCAAUGAGAUGUUCAUUCUCCAUUAUCAGAAGUUCAUCCAAAAGGGACCCAUUUCCCAAGAAGAGAAAUAAUAUUUCUAUUUCUCGUUGUUGCGCUACUACUUCAGAAUCAAUCCCUGCUCGGUUAGAUUUGUCACUCCAAAUCAAAACACACCUCAUCCCACAUCCUAAAAAGGUUGAUCGAGGUGGGGAAGAUGCAUUCUUUAUCAGCAGUUACAAUGGUGGAACUAUUGCCAUUGCUGAUGGCGUUUCUGGGUGGGCUGAGAAAAACGUAGAUCCUUCAUUAUUUUCUCGGGAGCUAAUGGCUAAUGCUUCACGUUUUAUUGAGGAUGAGGAGGUUAAUUAUAAUCCUCAAAUUCUUCUGAAGAAAGCGCAUGCUGCAACGUCUUCUAUAGGUUCAGCAACCGUAAUCGUUGCUAUGCUUGAGAGUGAAGGAAUCUUAAAGAUUGCCAAUGUUGGAGAUUGUGGAUUGCGAAUCAUUCGAAAAGGUCAGAUAAUCUUUUCCACAUCUCCUGUUGAACAUUAUUUCGACUGCCCUUAUCAGCUAAGCUCUGAAGCUGUAGGUCAAACUUUCCUCGAUGCCACGGUCUGUAGUGUGCAGCUAAAAGAGGGGGACAUCAUUGUUAUGGGCUCUGAUGGAGUUUUCGAUAAUGUUUUCGACACUGAAAUUGCUGCAAUAGUAACCACAGGCGGCGAUAUUGCCAAAGCAUUAGCUGAACUUGCUCACAAACAUUCUCUCGAUCUCAGAUAUGACUCUCCAUACUCAAUCGAGGCCAGGUCAAGGGGUUUCGACGUCCCUUGGUGGAAGAAACUUCUAGGACAGAAGUUAACAGGUGGAAAGCUUGAUGACAUUACAGUGAUUGUUGGCCAAGUGGUAAAGAAUUAUACAUGAACCAUUCUAAUGAGGAACAAACAAGAAGGAACCAUCUAAUUCUAUUUGUUUGUGUCCUAAAGAACAUUCAAUCCUUAAGAUAUAAAAUCGAAACUAAUGAAAACAGCAUCAUCUCUUCUACAAGUCAAAAAUGCAGUAAAAUUUCUGGCAUUUCACUAAUUAGCCUCGAUUUGUAUUC